GCCAUCCCGGGUUCCGGCACUUGCCUUUCCGCGCCCACUCCGCAUAUAGCAAGCUUGCUACAGAUACUAGCACGCUAGCUAGUUAGCCAUCGUCGUACUACUAGAUAUAUUUGUGGGGUUCGUCAGCGGGGAUGACGAGCGGCGGCACCAUGGACGCGGCGGCGGGGGUGGCGCCGUUCGUGGCGAAGACGUACCAUAUGGUGGACGACCCGGCGACGGACGGCGUCAUCGCGUGGGGCAGCGACAACAACAGCUUCGUCGUCGCCGACCCCUUCGCGUUCUCGCAGACGCUGCUGCCCGCGCACUUCAAGCACUCCAACUUCUCCAGCUUCGUCAGGCAGCUCAACACUUACGGUUUCCGGAAGGUUGAUCCUGACAGGUGGGAGUUCGCCCACGUGUCGUUCCUGCGCGGGCAGACGCACCUCCUGCACCAGAUCGUCCGCCGGAUCAGCGGCGCCGGAAAGCGUAAGGACGACGGCGGCGCCGACGCCGUGAACGGCGAUGAUGACAGCGCGGUGGUCAUGGAGGUGGUCCAGCUGAAGCGGGAGCAGAGGGCCAUCGAGGACCGAGUGGCGGCGAUGUGGCGCCGCGUGCAGGAGACGGAGCGCCGGCCCGAGCAGAUGCUCGCGUUCCUCGUCAAGGUCGCCGGCGACCCGCAGGUGCUGCGCCGCCUGGUCGCCGGCGGCGGCGAGGGCGACGUUGGCUUCGCAGCCGGGCCGGACGGCGGCGGGGAGGUCAAGAGGGCUCGGCUGCUUCUCGACGGCGACGCGGCGGGGAGGCGCGCCGACGGGUUCUACGUUGGCGGUGGAGAUGACGGCGUCAACUUCGCCGGGUUCUACAACGGAGUGGGCGGGUUCGGCGGUGACGUGCAGGUGGACGGCGAGGGCGGGUACCCGCCGCCGCCCUACGAGUUCCCCGUGGACAGCAGCGGCUACUGACGGCGUGCGAGCGCGCUAACUGUUUGGAUGCCGUUUCGGGCGCCGGUCGAUUGGUGCACGUCGUGUGUCGUGGUCAGCUGCCCUGCCGAACUGGUUGGGCGUGACAACGGUGUACGCCUGAACGGUGUGUGCAUGGUAGGCAUGCAGUAUAGGCUGGUACGAGUCGGCUCGGUGUGUGCCUGACUGGCUGGGUGUACAGGCAAUGCGUUCGAGCUGAAUAAGGUUGUAAAAGUGUAAAACCUUCACGUAGCUAGGCCGGAGACUACGUUGCUCCCCAUGUGAAUACACACAAAUUAAGGCAGCAGUGCGUGGUGUUUGCUAGCUAGCUCUUGUUACGGUUAAUCAAUUUCCUAACUGUUCUAUGUGGUUACCGUUGUCUGUUGAAAAGGGGUGUUUCUUCAACAACAAAUUUGAUCCCUUCAUCUUGUAUAAAUAUACUAUCCAACAAUGCAAGGGAUAAUGGAUGUAUGAUUCUCUCUUCUA